AUGACCACCCGAACGAGUUCGAAACCACUUUUCGAGACACAGAAUUCAGCACUAAUCUUCGUAUUAGGAUUCAUUUUGCUUCUCCUUUCCUCCCAUUCAACAAUAACACCUUUAUUCAUUCAUGGUCAGCAACAAACAAUUUCCACGAGUGCUUCCCCUCUUCCUCUCUCUCGAGCCUAUCAAUACAAUCAAUCGUUGAGACAGGACGGAACCUAUGAUAUUCUGUGGUCCAUUGAUGAGUCGACUCAAGAAUUGUAUAUGGCCCUCUCAGUAUCAACAUUAGGUUGGAUUGGUUUUGGUUUUCACAGUUUUCAGGAAAUGUCAUCGAGUCAAGCGCAACCUCAAGGUAUGGCACGAGCAGACAUUGUUAUUGGAUGGAAGGAUGCCACGAGUGGAAAUGCCUUUAUCUUUGAUACCUAUGCAGUGGCUAACUCAAGACCAUUACAAGAUACUCAAUUAGGUGGAAAACUUAAUGUUCAAUUAGUUGCCUCGUUUGAAGGUAAUGGAAGAACCAUUUUGGAAUUUAAGAGACAAUUGAAUACAGGAGAUGCAUUUGACGUGGCCAUUCAGAGAAAUAAGACCCUUAUUGCCAUGUAUGCUUAUUCUGCAUCCGAUCCCACCAACAAUGAUUACAAUUCUCUUGCCUUUCAUUCUGUGUAUUCGUUUGCCAUGAUUCCAAAUUUUUGGCCAUUGAUGGAAUCCGUACAGAAUCAAUCGAACAUGACAAAUUCUACAUCAUGGAGCGUGAAUAAUGAAACAAUGAUUAAUGGGAAUAAUACUUUGGGAAAUAAUACGUUGGCAAGUUCAAACUCAUCCUCAACAGCUCAAGGAUUGCCUCCUCCUGCGCAAACUAAUUCCACAACUCUUCAAAAUAAUAACAGUACAACUCCUCCUGUUUCUCGUUCUCCACCAGCAAGCAACCCUUCGACCUCAGGCAUGAGGGUACUCGCUUCACCAUCGAUGAAUGUAGCAGCUCCAUUGUUUUCAAAAAUUGUGAGUAAGGUUCCACCACCCCCACUUGGAAAUUCUCAUCCAGAAAAUAAGAAUAUGAAUAGUGCUUUCGGAUGGACGUUCUUGAAUUUGAAAUUUUGUCUCGUGUAUGUGUUUGCGUUGUUAAUUGUAAAUUUUGCCUUUGAACAGUAA